AUGGAAGUCAAUUAUGCUGUUAUUGGACUUGGAGCCAUGGGCUACGGCAUGGCCAGCAACAUUCGAAAAAAGGUACCUUCGUCUUCAACAGUUUUUGUUUAUGAUGUCUGCCGUCCACAGUGCGAGAAAUUUAAAAACGAGUUCAGUGGAUAUGGGCCGAUAGAAAUCCAUGAUUCGGUAAACAAGACAGUGCAGAAAGCGCAGGUUCUUGUAUCCAGCCUUCCAUCCAUAGAAGCUGCGCGCGAAGUCUACUUGGAUGCGGCUACUGGUGUACUUGCGGCUAGCACGAACCCAGACAGGUUGAUAUUGGAAACUAGCACCAUGGAGCCGUCUUCAGCGGCGGAAUUCGCACAUAAAUUGGCGGAGGCUAAAGUCGGAUUUUAUGUUGAUGCGCCGGUUUCAGGCGGAACUACGGGUGCGACUGGAGGGACAUUGUCAUUUAUGAUUGGACAUGCCAAGCCAGAGCAGUCCAAUCCUAUGAGUCUACGUCUCCAAGACACUUUGACGGUUAUGGGCGAUCCGAAGAAACUCUUUUGGUGCGGCAAGCUUGGGGCUGGACUGGCAGCUAAAGUAAGCAACAAUUACAUUGCUUGUACAGUCUUCAUCGCAGUAGCAGAAGCGAUGGCAAUUGGAGUUCGAUCUGGUAUCGAUGGCAAAUUGCUUCACGACAUCAUCCACAACUCGUCUGGCCAGACGGCCAUUGGCGACAUUGUCAGUUAUAUACCAAAGGAUGAAUUGUUAGGUCCGAACGGGUUUCCUGUGCAUAUAAUGACUAAGGAUGUUGGUCUGGGCGUGGAUGCGGCUAACUUGGUCGGUAUAACACCGCGAAUGGCCCUUGCGGCAUUGGAUAUCUGGAAACAGGCAGAGAAAGAUUCUGAUAUCGUUCCGCAAGAUGGUAUUUUCAAUGCUUAG